UAUUACAGACAGCUUUUGAGGAACGUCAAACAAACAGAAGAAGGAAGGUUUUGCUUUCCAACAGCUAGAGAGGAGAGAGAGAGUGCACAAGCAGUCUCUCUUUUUGGAUCUCUCGAAAUAUUUUAUGUUGUUAGUAAAUUAUUAGGGCAUAAUUUUAAUCACAACAAACACUAAACAACCUUUUGAUUAAUUAAUUAAUUACUUCUUCUGUUUGAUCUUUGAAUUAUCCUCCACUGUAUCAUAUAGAUUCAUACUUACAUCUUGUAUAGUCUGUAGCUUCAUUCCGUUCCCCCUGAGGAUCGAAGGAUCGGUUUUUAUCGUGUUUAUCUGGUUGAAUAUGAACCCGAUUCGAGCAUUUUCAUCUCCUGCAGAGUUGCCAGCUUCUUCCACAGCUUCUAAAGAACGCCCAGAAGAUCAUAGUUUUGAUGGCAUUGCCACCAAUGUGAAGUUAUUAUUAAAGCUAAUCCAAGAGCAAAAUGAGGCCUGCACAAAAGACAAUGAUGACAGGAAGAUGCAAAGGGUGGCGGGAAUGAUGACGAUAAUUGAUGAUGUUAAAACCCGGAUUCAGAAAUCUCAAACCGUUAAGAGGAGAGCAGAGCUCCGGCGAUGCAAUACAGAUCUUAGGCCAAAUGUUCCAAGGGACAAAAGGCCUCCGGAGCCAGUAAUUGAUGAGAAAGAAAGGUUGAGAAGACAGCUUAGCGCAAGCUUGGCAGCGCGAAAGAGCCUAGAAAUAAUGUGUUCAGGCUUGGGAAAGGAGAACGAGAUUAUUGCAUCGGAGCUUGCGAGAAAGGUUCAUGAAUUGACUGGGAUGGAGGAACAUAUCAAUGAUCUUCGAGCGCAAAAUGAGAUGCUGUUGGCAAAAGUACAAGCUUGUGCAGCAGAGCACAAGGAGAAGAGGUGUGCCGGUGGUGGGGUAGAGAUUCAUGGGAAUGCAGCACUCCAGGAGCGAAACAAGGCACUUUCGGAGCAACUUCUUAAGUCCCUUGAUGGGUGUAGAUCCUUAAAGAGAAAGAUCAAAGACGCACAAAAGGAAAACAAUGGGAUGCACUCGACCAUGGAGGAGAUGGGGGUGGAAGUUCAAGAAGGCCUAGAACGAAUACGCGCACUCAAGCAAAAGAUUGCCACAAGCAAUGAGCAAGCAGCAGAUAUUGAAGAGGAGAUCUCAGCAUUGGAGCAUCUGUUUGAGAGCUUCAGUAUGAAGAUUUCGAAGCAUGGGUCGAAGAAAGGUGAAAGUGCAAAACACAACACUGAGAUCGACACUACUUAAUUCGCCUCCUGUUGCAUGAGAACAAAGGGUGACUAGAAACCAGAAAUGCCUGGUCUCUCUACUUUUGCAGUUUUGUCAGUCUGUCUUUCGGUUGCCAAGACACGAAAACAACUAAAAUUCUUCGAGUUUAUAUAAUAAACGAGGAAGCAGUUCUAA